CUCCGGCCGAGACGAUGGAUUUCUCACUACCCCUCCUCCUCCUAGCCGGCAUCCUCAUCCCCGUCGUCUCGUACCUGCUGGUGACGAAGCGCAUCACCGAGGAAGGGCGGCUGAAGCUGCCGCCGGGCCCGAAGCGGGUGCCGGUGCUCGGCAACCUCCACCAACUGGGCCCUCUACCGCAUCGCAACCUGCGCGACCUGGCCGGGCGGCACGGCCCCGUCAUGCUACUCCGCCUCGGCGCGAUGACGACGGUGGUGGUCUCGUCCGCGGCUGCGGCGCGCGACGUCAUGAAGGCCCACGACGCCGACUGUUGCAGCCGCCCCGCGUCUCCGGGACCCGCGCGGCUCUCCUACGGGUGCAAGAGCAUCUCCUUCUCGCCAUACGGCGCCUACUGGCGCGACAUGCGCGGACUCUUCGCCGCGGAGCUCCUCGGCGCGCGCGGCGUCGGAGCCGCCUGGGCCGCACGGCGGGAGCAGGUGGACAGGAAGAAAGCGCAGGAGGAGAUCAGGGCCGUGGUCGCCGGCAACGAGCAGCGGGUGCAGCCGGACGACCUACCGAAGCUGACCUACCUGAAGAUGGUCGUCAAAGAGACCUUGCGGCUGCACCCGCCGAUUACGCUGCUUCUGCCGCGGGAGACGCUGCGGAGGGUGGAGAUCGGCGGCUACGACGUGCCGGCGGGGUCGCGGGUGCUCGUGAUCGCGUGGGCCAUCGGGAGGGACCCCGUGAGCUGGGGGCAGGACGCGGAGGAGUUCGAGCCGGAGAGGUUCGAGGCCGGCGGGAGGCACGGCAAGGUGGACUUCCGUGGCGCUCACUUGGAACUGAUGCCGUUCGGCGCCGGCCGGCGAAUCUGCCCCGCACUGGUCAUGGGGGUGGCGAACGUGGAGUUCACGUUGGCCAACAUGUUGUACGGCUUUGAGUGGGAGCUGUCGGAGGGGACGUUGGCCGAGAAGGUGAGCAUGGAGGAGGCCGGUAGGCUGACCUUCCACCGCAAGACACCGCUGGUGCUCGUGCCUACCCCAUACGUAGUGUGACAAGCUCUGCUGCUCUGGUAGUGGUAUAUCGAGUUAUACAUCGAAUAUAUCUUGACUGAAGUUAGUUGAACAAAUGAAUAAAAUUGAUACAUGCGCGUGCCUUGGGCUGGUAACAUGAAUCACUCU